AUUUAGUACUAAUGCCAAAGAUAUAGGUAUGUUAUACCUAAUGUUUGGUUUAUUUUCAGGUAUGAUUGGAACUGCAUUUUCGGUUUUAAUUAGACUUGAAUUAGCAUCACCUGGAGCUCAAUACUUACAAGGAGACAAUCAAUUAUAUAAUGUAAUUGUAACAGCGCAUGCAUUCCUUAUGAUUUUUUUCAUGGUUAUGCCUGCAAUGGUAGGAGGGUUUGAGGUUUAUAUUUUAAUUAUACCAGGAUUCGGAAUGGUUAGUCAUACUAUAUCAGCAUUUUCAGGUAAACCGAUUUUUGGUUAUUUAGGAAUGGUAUAUGCUAUGAUGUCUAUUGGAGUUUUAGGAUUUGUAGUUUGGAGUCAUCAUAUGUACUCUGUAGGAUUAGAUGUAGAUACAAGAGCAUACUUUACAGCUGCAACUAUGAUUAUUGCAGUUCCAACAGGAAUAAAAAUCUUCAGUUGGUUAGCAACAAUUUACGGAGGAUCAAUUAGAUUUACAACUCCAAUGCUGUUUGCAUUAGGGUUUGUAUUCUUAUUUACAGUUGGAGGAUUAACAGGGGUUGUUCUUGCUAAUGCUUCAAUUGAUGUAGCAUUCCAUGAUACUUAUUAUGUCGUAGCACAUUUCCAUUACGUAUUAUCUAUGGGAGCUGUGUUUGCAUUAUUUGCAGGAUGGUACUAUUGGUCACCAAAAAUUUUUGGAUUAUCAUAUAAUGAAUUAGCAGGACAAAUACAUUUCUGGAUUUUAUUUAUAGGAGUAAAUGUGACAUUUUUACCAUUACAUUUCUUAGGAUUACAAGGUAUGCCUAGAAGAAUACCAGAUUAUCCUGAUGCAUUUGCUGGAUGGAAUUUAGUAGCAAGUUAUGGUUCAAUUAUGUCAGUUGUGGCAGUAGCUGUGUUUAUUUUUGUUAUCUAUGAUCAAUUAGUUAACGGUAAAGCAGUAUCGAAUAAUCCAUGGAGAAUACCAGCAUUCUUUGAAUCAACAGCUGAAUUUAAUUUAAAUGCUAAUGUUGCUAGCUCAUUAGAGUGGUCACUUCAAUCACCACCAGCUCAUCAUGCAUAUAAUAUGCUACCAGCUGAAACACUACGUUCUUUAUCAGUAAAAAGAAAUAAUAUAUCAACUAAGCUUGAAGAUGAUUAUAAUGCAGAAACAGAAUAUUCACCUAUACAAUUUAUAAGUCAAUUAAGAGGUCAAUUUAAUGCGGCAGAACCUUCACCAUUAUUAGCUUUAGCUAUGGCUAUUAUUUUAUUUUCUAUGGCUGGAAUACCUCCAUUAAUAGGAUUUUUUGCCAAACAGGCAGUAUUAUUAGCUGCAGUGAAAAAUGGAUUUAUAUUUUUGGCCUUAAUUGUUAUGUUAUUAAACCUAAUUUUUAACGGAUUAAACCCUCUUUUAACAGAUGCUCCUACACCUUGGGGAUUAUAUUUUCAAGAUGGGGCUAGUCCUUCAUUUGAAGGAAUUGUUGAAUUACAUGAUCAAAUUAUGUUUUAUUUAGUAGUAAUUCUAUUUGGUGUAGCAUGGAUUAUGGGUUCAGCAAUGAAAACUUUUUCAAGUAAACAAACACAAAUAGUACAUAAAUAUUCAAAUCACGGAACUUUAAUAGAACUAAUUUGGACUAUUAGUCCAGCAUUAGUUCUAGUAGCUAUUGCUUUUCCUAGUUUCAAGCUAUUAUAUUUAAUGGAUGAUGUAUUAGAUCCAGCAAUGACAGUAAAAGCAGUAGGUCACCAAUGGUACUGGUCAUACGAAUAUUCUGAUUUUGUAAAUGAUGAUGGUGAAUCAAUUGAAUUUGAUAGUUAUAUGAUACCACAAGAAGAUUUAGUUGACGGACAAUUGAGACAAUUAGAAGUUGAUUCUAGAGUUAUUGUACCUGUUAACACUCAUAUUAGAUUUAUCGUAACUGGAGCUGAUGUAAUCCAUGAUUUUGCAGUUCCUGCCUUAGGUUUAAAAAUUGAUGCUACACCAGGAAGAUUAAAUCAAGCUUCAGUAUUAAUUCAAAGAGAAGGAGUAUUUUACGGUCAAUGUUCUGAAAUUUGUGGAGUAUUACAUUCGGCUAUGCCAAUAUCUAUAGAAGCUGUUUCAGUUGAAAAAUACUUAGCUUGGUUAGAUUCACAAGCCUAA